AUGCGCCCGGUCGGGCAGGAUGAAGAACGCGAACCGGACUCACCAGCAGCCAACGACCGGUGGUGCUGGCGACGGCACGAAGAUGACAUAAAUUGGAAAAUGUCAACUCAGCAACAGGUGACACCAACCGAUCGGCCGGCAAGGGAUGGCGAUGGUGGCCCCGAAGCGCCAGCAGAUCGAGACGCCACCCCGGUGGCCGUUGAUGGCGAGAAUAAUCCAAUUAAAUCGUUGCGACGCCAACGACGCCACUGUGAUACUGCUGGGACGCUGCUGGUCGCUAGUACCGCAUCAAUCACCGGCCCUACAAUGCCGAUUGCCUGCGACAUCGAGCGACCGGUGGCACGCCUGCGACGAAUAGCGGCCAUUGGAUCUGACGACGAGGACGACGAAGACGACGAGGACGAUGGCGAUGGUGACGUACAAAGCACCCCAACCGACCGGGAAACCGAUGGCGAGGGUAUAAAUAGUCCUGGGCAUGAUACGACCAACAACAACCACGGGCUCACUAGCCGAUUUUCUGAGGCUUCCGAGUCGGUAUCCCUCGAGGUCGGUACAUUCGGUGGUGAUGGAACGUUGGAGCAGAAGCACAAUAGCACCGUGAAUGCUCGUCGUCGAUGGAAACUGCUGGCUCGAGCACUUCGGCAUGAUUCGAGCGAGGAUGAUCAAUUCGCAAAGUUCAACCUGAUCGAGGCCGAUCGAGCUGGUGAUGAGAAGGAUGACAACGUGUACGUUUACCGGUUGUACGAUCGCUACCGGUUGAAGAUCAGGUUGAUCGGUCCCGAACGACCCUGGACGGCGAGUGAGCUGAUCGGGUUUAACAACACGGGCAACAUCUGCGUGUGGCCAUCAGAGGAGGCACUCGCGUACUACGUGCUGUCACGUUUGCCACAGUUCGAUGGAACGAAGGUGCUUGAGCUGGGUGGAGGCAUGACCUGUCUGGCAGGACUCGUCCUGGCAAAGUAUGGCCAGCCCGCUUUCGUGCACGUGACCGAUGGGAACGAGCUGUCGGUGGAGAACGUCCGCAAGUCGUUGGUUCUGAACAAGUUCAACUGUACGAUCAAGUCGUCGGUAUUGAAGUGGGAACAAACGACCCAACGUGAGCUGGAUCAGAGUCAGAGUGAACGUUACCACUUCAUCCUGUCGGCGGAUUGCCUGUUCUUUGACGAAUCCCGAUCGCUGCUGAUCGACACGAUCUGGCACUCGCUGGCGGAUGAAGGAGUCGCGUUGAUCACGGCACCACGCCGUGGCCAUACGUUGAGUUUGUUCCUGAACGAAUGUGUCGCUCGGGGUUUUCACUACGAGCUGCUGCAGUGCUACAAUGAGGCGAUCUGGGCCCGGCAUCUCGAGCUAAAGCAGACGGAAGGUUACGAUGAAAACGUCCACUAUCCGUUGCUCGUGAAGAUGUACAAAUACGCGCAGGGUUCGGUAUUACACCGGUUGUAG